AUGGUAAUUGUGCAAUUACGUGACAUCAGCCGCUCAAACAGUACGCAAGAAGCGAGCAACUGCAAUGCCGAAUUUGCAGCAAAUGCGGUUCCAAAUAGUCCAGAUAGUCGUGCAGUAGAAAAACACGAAAAAGCAGUGCAUCGCAAGCGGUUGCUUCGGCAGGAUCAUGACUACAAACAGAGAGAAAAUACUGCGAACAGGAAGGCAAUGAAAAAACACAGGGCUUCCGAUGAAGGCUACAAAAUAAGGGAAAGGAUUGCAGAUGCCGAAGCUAAGCAACAACGACGAGAGACAGACUUGGAAUACAGGGAAAAAGAAAGGAUUGCAAAUACUGAAGCAAUGCGACAGCGUCGAGAAACGGACCUUGAAUACCAUGAAAUGGAAAGGAUUGCAAAUGCUGAAGCAAUGCAACACCGUCGGCAGACGGACGUCGAAUACCAACAAAUGGAAAGGACUGCAAAUGCUGAAGCAAUGCGACACCGUCGGCAGACGGAUAUUCAAUACCAAGAAAUGGAAAGGAUUGCAAAUGCUGAAGCAAUGCGACAACGUCGACAGACCGACUAUUGCGAAUCGGAAAGGCUUGUAGAUGCUGAGACAAGGCAACAACGACGAGCGGCAGACGUUGAAUUCCGAGAAAGAGAGAGGGUUACAAAUGCUGAAGCAAUGCGACAACGCAGAGAGGCAGACCUGCAGUACAGAAAAAACGAAAGGGAGAUGAACUUGGAAUCAAUGAGGGUGCGCAGGGCGGAGAAUUUGGAAUACAGACAACGAGAGAGAGAAGCUAAUAGUCGAGCAAUGCGGAUUCGCAGAUGUACCGAUGAAACGGAGAGGGAGCGUCAUGAGAAUGCGUUGGGAAUGCAGCAUCGAUGA